AAUAUGUCAUAAUAAAGCAGUGCGGCUCUACACGUGUUUGUUGCCCGACAUCGAGCUGUAUAUCAUAUAUUUUAUUAAUAACUUAAAGCAUUUAUUGUUAAAAAAUGGGAAAAAUUAAAAAAGAACCUGUUGAUGAAGGUUAUGCUGUUAACGAAUCAACAAUUGCUAUACCGGAUGUAGUAAUAAAGGAGGAGGAAUCAUAUGAAGAUAAAUUGAAGUACUGUAACGCUAUUGCCCAACCAAUGGCAUCGAAGAAAUUAGCGAAAAAAUGCUAUAAAUUGGUAAAAAAAGCACAAAAACAUAAAACAUUUUUACGCAAUGGUUUGAAAGACGUGCAACUUCGUUUACGUAAAGGGGAAAAAGGGAUUGUAAUAUUUGCUGGUGAUGUGCUACCAAUCGAUAUUAUGUGCCAUUUACCUAGUGUGUGUGAAGAAAAAGGUAUACCGUAUACCUAUACUCCUAGCCGACAUGAUCUUGGUGCAGCCAUGGGUGUAAAGCGUGGUACAGUUGUAGUGCUCGUACGCGAAAAUCCAGAAUAUCAAGAACUUUAUGAUGAACUUAAAACAGAAAUAGGAAGUGUUCCACCACCAUACUAGUUAAGACAUCAGUUUAUAGGCGAUCCUUUAGUUUUAAGAUUUUUCUUUGCUUUUGUAUGAAAGAUUUAUGCCGUUUAAGUAUAUAAUAAAGUAU